AUGGCAGAAAUGGCCGUGUCUUUUGUUCUUGACCAACUGAUUCCACUGUUAAAAGAAGAAGCCAAGCUGUUGGGAGGUAUUCACAAAGAAUUUGCAGACACUAAAGAUGAACUUGAAUGCAUUCAAGCCUUCCUUAAGGAUGCUGAUAAAAAAGCCGAAGGAGACAACACUAGUGAAGGAGUCAAAACUUGGGUGAAGCAAGUUAGGGAAGCAGGUUUUCAUAUUGAAGAUGUCGUUGAUGAUUAUGUGAUCCAAGUGAGACAGCGGCCUCGUGAUUCUGGAUGUGUAGCUUUACUCAGUAAGAUUGUUCACUCACUCAAAGUUAUUACCCAUCGUCAUCAAAUAUCAUCUGAGAUUCAAGACAUUAAGUUUAUCUUGCAUGAAUUGCAACCUUUAACGAAAGAACAAUCUUUUGAGUUGUUUAAUAAGAAAGCAUUCCAAUAUGAAUUUGAUGGAUGUUGCCCAAAAGGGCUAAUUGAUAUAUCUUUUGAAAUUGCUAGAAAAUGCAAGGGUUUACCGCUAGCAAUUGUUGCCAUUGGCGGUCUAUUGAAUGUAUCCAGAAGAUUACAUAGUUCAAUCAAAGAGACUGAUUCGAAAUGGAUAGCUGAAGGAUUUGUGAAAGAAGAAAGUGGGAAUACUUUGGAAGAAGUGGCAGAAGGAUAUUUAACAGAGUUAAUCCAUAGAAGUUUGGUGCAAGUAUCUUCUGUUAGAAUUGAUGGAAAAACUAAAAGUUGUUGUGGGCAUGAUCUAACACGUGUGAUGCUUCUUGAAAAGUGUGAAGAUUUAAGUUUCUGCAAGCAUAUCAAUGAAAAUGGUCAUUCAUCUUUACAUGGAAUUAUUCGACGCCUAUCAAUAACAACCCAUUCCGAUGAUUUUCCGAUAUGUAUUGAAAACUCACGUGUUCGUUCACUAUUUCUUUUAAAAAAUGAGUCACAAUUUUUGAGCGAAGAUUUUACGAGGAGAAUCUUUACACAAUAUAGGCGCUUGAAGGUGCUUGAGUUUGAAGUUUAUUCUGAAGUUAAAUUGAGUAAUAUCCUUCAUGAAAAUUUGGGAAGCUUGAUUCACUUGAAGUAUUUAAGCUUCAUGAAUCUUUCUACGGAAACUCAAAUUGAACUUCCCAAAUCAAUUGCCAUGCUCCAAAACCUGGAGACUUUGAUUCUAAGACAUGAGGUAGGCUAUAAAAUACCAAAGGCGGUUAGCAAGCUUAGAAAGUUACGACAUCUUCUGGGCAUCAGAAUGUCUUUGUUUCAAUUGAAGGGUGGUAUAGGAGGCAUGAAAUCUCUACAAACUCUGAGUAGUGUGGUAAUUGAUGAUGAUGAUGAUGAUGAUGGAAUAGAGCUAAUUAAAGUGCUGGGAAAGCUAAAGCGGUUAAGGAAAUUGAGCUUGUUUCUUGUGAACGAAGACCAUAUAAGCACUUUAUCUUCUUCAUUGAAUGAGAUGCAACAUUUGGAGAAUCUAAAGAUUGGGACAAAAAACGUAAGAAACUGUAGUUAUCAUUUCAUUGAUUUACAUUUGGAUUCACCUCCAUAUAUGCUUCAAAGUCUUAAACUAAGUGGAGUACUGUUGGUGAAGUUGCCAGAGUGGAUUCUUCAACAUCAAAAUCUUGUUAAGUUGAAGUUAGAAUUGUCCCUCUUAAAAGAUGAUCCAAUGAAGUGUUUAGAAAAUAUGCAAAACUUGUUGUUUCUCUCAAUCGUCAACAUCGCUUAUGAAGGUGAAAGUUUACAUUUUCAUGAUGGGGGGUUUCAAAAUCUAAAGGAACUACACAUCAUUUUCUUGCCUAACUUGAAUUCAAUUGUUAUCGACAAAGGAGCAUUGCAAUCUCUAAAAAAGUUUGAGUUAUCCUAUAUCCCCAAACUCAAGACUGUUCCUGCUGGCAUCCAACACUUAGAAAAACUUCAAGUUCUCAAUGUUCGAGAUGUGCCACAUGUAGAACUUUAUCCUAAACUUUAAGGAGUUAGAAAUCACAAGCCACCCAACUUCAAGGAGGAGAAAAGGUGGUUGGCUUCUAGUGCGAUCGAAAGUCAGAUUUCUCCAAGUGGACUUCUACAACAAUGGCAUCUUUAUUUAUGAAAAAUUCUCAUCCCACCCAUCAUGUUUCUCGUUCACCCCCUAGCACACAGAAAAAUUCAAAAAAUACGUUCCGAAUUUUUUUUCUAGUAUAAAUUUUACUGAAAUUUACCCUAAAAAAAAUUCGGAAAACGUUUUCCGAAUUUUUUUGUGCGAGAAGAGAAAUUCAGAGGUUGGGUUGAGAAGUCAUCUUUAUUUAUGUUCAUGCUUUUGACUUUUGUUUCUUUCUUUGUUUGAGAUUUGAGUUGGUUGUGAUGUAUCCUUCUAAGUGAAGUUUUAUGUGAACGGUUCCCUUGGUGGGAAUAUGUUACUAAGGAUGUUUCUGAAGUUUACAAUCAUAACAGGUUUGGUCUUCCUGAGUUUAGAUUUAAGAGAUAAUUAUUUCUUGCAAUCAAAUAGCACUCUUUUUCCCUACAUCAAAGUAUUAUCCCGCUAGGUUUUCCUCGAUGAGGUUUUUAAUGUGGCAGUUGACCAAUCAUUUUGGUGUGCAUUGUUAUAUCUUGGGUAUUGGUCUAGUCCCCCCAAGCUUUUUCUUUUUUAUUUAGUAAUAUUUAGAUAAAGU